AUUUUGGACAAUCUUAAAGCUGUUUAUCGCUUGGUCAUUCAUAUCAGGAUGACAAACGUGAAUGACUGUAUUAGAAAAAUCAAAGUUAAUAUAGAAGCCAUUGACAUUCAAGUUCCAAUUGAGUUAAUUUGGACAAAAACAAACGAGUAAUCUUCGUGUUAAAAUUUCAAAAUUCAACAAAUUAAUUAAAUGCACGGACGCAGAUCACUCAUCAAACAAAUGUCAGGCAGAACAGUUUUAACAUAUCACGGAAUCACACUUAGUGAAGCUGACAUCGAGAUUUUGCGUGAAAAUUACUGGCUGAACGAUCAAAUAAUUGCAUUUUAUUUUCAAUACCUCGAAUCGCAUACUUAUCGACGAUUUGCACGUGAAUUUCUAUUCGUAUCGCCACAAGUUACGCAACUUCUAAAAAUGAUUGAGAGACGAGAUGAAGAAGCAAAAUGUUUACUGGAUCCACUUCAUCCACACACAAAACAAUUUUUAUUCUUUCCUGUGAAUGAUAAUGAACAUGAGCGAGCCGGUGGAACUCAUUGGAAUCUUCUCGUUUAUUCAAGACCUGAAAAUACAUUUUUCUCAUUUGAUUCGAAUCGCAAUUAUAAUGAAUUUGCAACAUCAAAAAUUGUUGAUGUUCUACGCGUUACUUUAAAUUGUCCAACGGCAUCUUUUAUCUAUUGUCCAUCAGCACAGCAGAGGAACAUGUACGACUGUGGCAUUUAUGUAAUUUGCAAUGUCGAAAAUAUAAUCAAGCAUAUUAUAAGUGAUGGAACGUUGAGGCAUGUCAGUCAAUUGAGUUAUGAGUGUAUUGUCGAGAAGAGAAGUGAAAUUUUAAGGAUGAUUGAGGCUUUGGGAGGAACAAUUUAAGUUAAAUUGAAUGUAAAAAUUCUUUAGUAAAUAAAAUAAAUUUUAUGAACCAAAAAAGAAAAUAAAGUUU